CACUUUGCACAGACUGCUGCAGCCAGGGGGUAAACCGCCGGAAAGCCAAUCAACAUCCUUACAAGGAGAGACGGGUGCGGUCUAGAUGGAGUUCCCUGGGGCAGCAGAAGACCCAGAGCAAAGGUCGUUCAUCGACCCGGUGUGGUUGCAGCAGUGGGGACUUGGGCCACAAAACGCUCUGGACUACUUUGCUCUCAGCCCUUUCUACGACAAAGCAUGCAACAAUGAGCAGUGCAGGAUGCAGAGCGUGGAUCCAAGGGAAGGGCUGCUGAACCUAACUGGCCUAGAGUUCAUGUUGGUGGAGCUCCCACCAGAAAUGUCUUUCUUGCCACCGGGGCAACCAGCUCCAGCCGGGCCGCAGCCUCGACGUCUCUUCGUAAUCAAAAAACAAGUACGCAAGAGCCCGAGUUCGGUUGAGGUCCAGGCGAUCUACUACAUCAUGGAGGGCGUCAUCUACCAAGCUCCCACGGUGCAAAAGCUCAUCAAGUCUCGUCUAAACAAGUUCACCCACCAUCUCAACAACGCCUUUGUGGAGUUGUCCAAGCUGGCGAAGCUGAGAGACUCUGGCGGGGGCUACGACUGGGCUUGGCAGAAGGAGGCUAAAGAUCUGCAGGAGAAGGCAGAGGCAGCCGAAGGUGUUGGUGUGGCAGAGGAAGACAGAGACGCGAAAGCGGCCCUCAAGCUUUCCAUGGACAACAUUCUCAUGGGUCUGGUGGAGAAGUACAUCGACGGAGACGGAGAGGGCAAGGAAGGGAAGGAACCCGCCGCUAGAGGGGCAAAACGGAAGGCCGACGGCGAAGCCGUGACUAGCGCUUCUCUCGAUGCGGCAAGUGCUGCCGCUACCAGCUCCAAUGCUACCAGCACUGCUGCUACCAGUAGUGCCACACCAACGACGGGCGGGAUGACGAAAACCCUUGCGGCAACGAAGCCCACUCGAUGACACGUACAGUAUGAUGGCGGCGUUGUCGUGGAAAGGAGGUUUUUAGGGGAUCUGUUGCCUCAAAAAUUAUACCACAGGUGGCGUAGUUCUUCCUUGUGAGUCUAGAAUGUUCGCCUUCGGUUACGUGUGCAGCGUUGGUUGUACUACUCUGUUUAUCGUGGUCGGGUAGACGUUUUGUGCCUACAGUGCAGCCUUCCUGCAAAAGCCGUGCAAUACGCUGCCGUUUACUGUACAAAGUUGAUGUGACGUAAUAAUAUUGGUGGUUUACGCUUGGUCUGAGAAAAUCGAGUGUGCAUAAACUCUG